AUGCACUUCAAACCUUCUCACGUGGCUGUUGCCGCUCUAUCUGUCGGCCACGUCCAGGCUAACCAUGACAUCUCCAACGCCCUUGCCGGUCUUGCCUCGAUGACUUCUCAAACUUCACAGCUUGUUCACGGUAUCAGCACAGAGAACGCUGUCAACAGUGCCAACCAACUCAUCAGCACCUACGUCGACAUGAUUAACGGAGCCCUAGGCAGCCUCGAAGGCGCCCUCCUCAAGAAGAGAGAUGUCCAUGCUAUCAUCCCUGGCGUCGCUCUCGGUAAUGGAGUCAUUGCCGGUAACACAAACGAGCCCAUCCUUGACGCUGGCGUCUCGACUGGUGCUGUCAACAAUGUUGUUGAUACACUAAAGAGCCUUCCUCUGCUCGGCGGCUUGUUUGCCAAUGCCCAGUCUGGUGCUUCUCCUCCUCUUUUCUCUUUGACUGGACCCUCCAGCACUGCCACUAAGAACAUGGGUGGCGUCUCUGCUAACGGUGUAGUUAACACUCUCCCUGCUACUAACAUGGUCAACACACCUGCUACCAACAACGUUGUCAACCCUCCCGCUGCCAACAUGGUUAACACGCCCGCCACUAACAUGGCCAACACUCCUCCUGCUGCUAACGUGGUGAACGCUCCCGCUACCAACAUGGUUAACACUUCCCCCGCUGCUAACAUGGUCAACACACCUGCCACUAACAUGGCUAACACGCCUGCUACCAACAUGGUCAACCCUCCCGCCACUAACAUGGUUAACACUCCUGCUACAAACAACAUGGCUAAUACUCCUGCUACCAACAUGGUUAACACUCCCCCGGCUGCCAACACGGUCAACACUCCCCCCGCCGCCAACAUGGUUAACAACUCUGCCACUAACAUGGCCACCACUCCCACGACCAACACCGUCAACGCUCCCGGCACCAACUUGGUUAACUCGCCUGCUGGCAACGGCAUCCACGCCCCCGGCACUAACCUCGUCAACACUCCCACCGGCAACAGCAUCAAUGUUCCUGGCACCAGCCUCGGCAGCAACGGCAUCGUCCACCCCGCCGGCAGCUUGGGCAAUGGUAUCGUCACUCCCGUCGGCAGCCUUGGCAAUCUCGUCAACUCUCCCCUCAACGGCGUCGUCGGCCCUACCAGCAACGCCCUCUCUCCUUUCCUGACCGACCUCGGCCGUACCAUUGGUGAGAUCAUUGUUGGCCUUGCCGGUCCCUUCUUCUCCUUCGUCCCUGGUCUCAUGACCGCCGUCCCUCCUGUCACCUCUGUUCUCCCCAAGACUGCUAUCCAGUCCCGCGCCUCCAUCCCCGUCGUCGAUGGCGAGCUUGAGCAGAUCCUGAACGUUGCCGUCACUAACUCCCAGAACUCUGGUGCCGACUCCGACAAGGAGGACAGCGCUGAUGCCAUCUGCGAGCACUUCAACCAGUUUGUCUCUGCCCACUCCAACAUCCUCGACGGUCUCGUCACCAAGGUCGACCUCCUCAAGGGCAAUGCCGCUUCUGGUGCCGUCGCCAACGUCCUCCGCUCCUUCAGCACCCAGGUCCGCGCCCUCGACUCUGUCCUUUCCAAGGCCGAUCCCUCUUGCGCUAAGGCUGCCAAGACUGGCGUCGAUGCUAUUCACCAAGCUGCUCUUGCUGCUGCCCAGGCUAUCGCUCCCCACAUGUAA